AUGAAAAUUGUGAAUUCGAUAACGUUGAAAGAGGGUAUGAGAAACGAGUACCGAAAAGCUGUUACGGAUGCCAAGAACGAAGGGAAUUUGGCUACGGUGUAUCAAAUUGGAGCAGAGAAAGUGAGGGAACUACUUGGUGUGCGAGAGGAGCUUAACCACUACAUAGAUGGAAACGGUAGUCCUUGCGUAACCAUGAAGGUUACACAUCAAAGGAAGGUGAAGAAGAAUGCGGUCGGCGGUGGUACGAUUGACGUGUUUGAGCCGACAGAUUACACCGUGAAGAGUACACAGUGGAGAUGA